CAUAAAUACUGGUCACACAAACAGAUGAGGGACACAACACAGUCCUCUACAGAGAGAGAAACUAGUGUUAGUUUACUGAAUGUGGAAAUGAAAAUAUAGAAAAGGGUAAAACUCAGAGAAGAAGAUAGUUGAUGUCUAAAAAUAUGUGAACGUCGUACGAGGUAAAGUCAGAACAGAUAUCAAAGAUUCAACGUCACGAGAAUACAAUCAUAUAGCCGGAUAAAGAUUCAAUAAGAGACUCAGAAGACCGAAUAGAAAGGAUUGUUGAUAUCUACGUCAGUGCAGAGGCUGUAAGAGACAUGAAACAUAAGAAAGAGACAGAAGACUUCAACACAGAAGAACCCCGAACACCUCGACACACAGAAGACUUCAACACAGAAGAUCCCCGAACACCUCGACACACAGAAGACUUCAACACAGAAGAACCCCGAACACCUCGACACACAGAAGACUUCAACACAGAAGAACCCCAAACACCUCGACACACAGAAGACUUCAACACAGAAGAACCCCGAACACCUCGACACACAGGAAGUGGUGGUGUGACGAUCUCCAGAGCAGCUGGUGUUUGUUUGGGGCUGAUGUGUGUUCUUCUGAUGACUGCAGUCAUAGUGUUGUGUGUCACCUUCAAUCAAGAGAGACAACAGCUGCAGACUAAGAUCACCAACCUCACAGAAGAAAGAGACCAGCUACAGAUUAAGAUCACCAACAUCACAGAAGAAAGAGACCAGCUACUAACCAACCAUAGGAACCUCACAGACGAGAGACAACAGCUACUAACCAACAAUAUGAACCUCACUCAAGAGAGACAACAUCUGCUGACUAAGAUCACCAACCUCACAGAAGAGAGAGACGAGUUGAAAUCAGAAAGAAAUGAUCUUCAGAAGUUUGCAGAUGGAUUGAAGUGCCAUCAAUCAACUCUUUACUUCUUUUCCUCUGAGAAGAAGAACUGGAAUGAGAGCAGAAGAUACUGUAGAGAGAGAAAAGCAGAUCUGAUCAUCAUCAACAACAGAGAGGAACAAGAUUUUGUGAAGAAUAUUUGUGGUAGUAAAGAUCAUUUCUGGAUUGGUUUGACUGAUGUUGAAGAGGAGGGCAGAUGGAAAUGGGUUGAUGGCAGCAACAUCAACAUCACCUCUGGGUUCUGGGCGCCUGGAUAUAAACAGCCAGACAGCCAUCAGGGAAAAGAUGAAGACUGUGCUAACACUCAUUCAUUAGGAUGGUUUGAUACUCAAUGUGAUGAUACGGCUAAAUGGAUCUGUGAGAAGAGUAUCCUUAAAUAAAUUAUACAUUAUAAUAAAAAUGUACGUAUAUGCAUCAUGAACAUAUAAAUAUGUCAGUAAUUUUACCUUUUUAUUUUAUUUUUAUUUUUUUGAGUGGCACAUUAACUAGGUUAUUCUGUUAAAACAAAUAAAAAAUAAAUAGAAAAAAAAAACAUUGUAAUAUAACAAUUUUCAUAUCUAACUUUUUAAAUUAAUUUUGUUUUGAAUUUUUAGAUCUGAACUAAAAUCUGAAUGUGAAAAACAACAGCGAUGUUUCUACAGACUGAAAUAAAACCAGUAAUACACUGAUAUAAUAGAAAUAUUCAUAAAAACAGCAUUGAUCCAAGAUUGUUAACCAAAAUGAUCAUGAUUUUAGGAGUAUUACUCAGUACAUCAGUAAAGUUUGAUGUGAAAUGUGACUCUUGCAGCUUUUUUGUAAUUACAGUAUGACAAUAAACCUACUUGA